ACUUGGCAAGUUAAAAGUUGGUGUUAUCGUGUUGUUGUCUUCUCUUUCCUCCAGCGGUUGUCGGCAUCAUGGAUGCAAAGCAUCCAGUUGAGGAGGUGGCUGUGCCAUUGCGGGCAAUGCUCGGUGUUGUGGAACUCGGCAUAAUGACGCAGGUAGGCACUGCAUGCGACGCGAUGACUGACACGGAGGGAGCGGAGGGCGCAGAGGCUGCACUGCAUGCGUGUGGCUGUCGUCUGUCUGCCCUGCAGGUGUCCAGGACUUUUGAGGAGUUGGUGACGAAUCAGACGCUCAUCGCCCGCAUCCAGAACGUCAUCCAGAGCCACAACCUCGGCGGCUUCAUGCAGUACAGUGAGCGGCGCUUCACUCGCUGGAAGACCACUGAGGACUACGCCGUUGAGCGCAAGAAGAAACUCUAUUACCUCAGCUACGUGAUGGAGAACUGCGGCAAGCUGGGCAGCUGGGUAUAUAUGCACACACACACACACACACACACACACACACGGACAUGGGCGACAGGGAGGGGCACAUUGAUUGGUGGAUUGCUCCUCGGUGCUUGCUGUCUGUGUGUGUGCAGGCGCCUCUGAUGUACUAUGCCGAGUCGUUCAAGCGUGUCAAGCUGCCCAUCCAGGUGGGCAGGCACCCCAAGGGCACUCAUUGAUGCGGUCGUCGGGGUGCAUUCCUCUGUGUUCUCACCCCCACCGGCCGCAGGUGUGUGAGGACAAGGUCAGCUCUCUGGACAAGGCCGUGUUCGACAGCCGCCCGCACAGCGUGCGAGCCUGGUCACUCUUCAGGUAGGCGCAAGCGUACCCAUCACCCCAUCCAGCCACUCCCUGUGCCUCUGACUCUUCAUGUGUGUGUCCUAUGCAUAGUCUCUUUGUGGAGGGCUGCACUCGCGAGUUGUCGUUGAAGCGCAUCUUGGUGGGCGGCCAGCUGCGCGACAAGCUGGGCAGCAGCGUGCUGACGGUCUAUGGCCCGGGGGACCUGCACGCCAACCACCCCUUCGCUGCAGGAUACGAUGGCACCGACCCCCGCGUCAGCGGUAAGUUCAAGAGAGAGGUGGUGGGAAUCAGCCGAGGUAGAGGCGGCUCAUGUCUGUCUGUCUGUCUGUUUGUCUGUCUGUUUGUGUGUGUCGGUCAGUGUUGAACGCUGACUAUCGCGGCAUCAUGGAUGUGGUUGUGCAACGGUGGGACCCUGGCGCACGCCACACACACAUAGACCAGUCCACACAAUGACCACCUGGAUGGAUGAAUGGAUGGAUGUGUGUCUGUCAAUGGAUGCAGUUUGCAGAAGAAGGCCAAAGCCGAGAUGGUGGCGGGUGAGAUGCACUUGCCGGCCCCUCUGGUGGCCAAUCCGGUGGAGUUCCUUCGCUGCCGCGCACUCAUCACGCAGGUAUACACACGCACACACACAAAAACACACACGCGCACACACGUGUCUGUGCCUGUGUCUGUGUGUGUCCACCCACAGGCGCCCGACCAGCCCCUCUGGGGCCCCACACGUCGACUGCUGUGUGACACCUACACCGGCGCCCACCGCAAGCGCACCAUCGCGCUGUCCGGCCACCGCCCGGGCGACACAUUCAUGGCCUUCAUCGAGCUGGAUUGGACCGUGUCCGUGACGGCCAUCCUCUACACGACCGAGAAGCGCCGGGCUGGGCAGCAGAAUCACCCGGAUGGCGAGUUCCCCAUGACGGUACAGCUGGUGCGCGACGCACUGGGGCAGCAGGAGGCAUGGGACCUGCUGGAGCUCGUGUGAGGUGGAUGGAUGGAUGGGGGACGGUAUGUAUACCAUUGCUGGGAGAGAUGUUGAUACGUUGGCGGGAUUGGGACGGAUUUCUUCCUUGCCUGUAUGCCUCUGUGUGUGCGUGCGUGUGGAUGGACGGAUGGACAAAUGAGAGAUGGG